AUGCCACCAAAAAGAAAUCAACAACAAACCAAAAAGAAGGACAAUGUCGACAAGACGUUCGGGAUGAAAAAUAAGAACAGGUCGACUAGAGUUCAAAAGUACAUCAAGCAAGUUGAAUCGCAGAGUAAUCCCGAGAAAGAGGAUUUAAAACGUCAGAGAUAUGAAGCAAAGAAGAGACAGGAGGCAGAAGAAGCCGAGAGACGUGCUCUUUUCAACCCUGCACUUGACCAAAGAGUGCGUGCAGGUGUUGAUCCCAAGACAGUUGUCUGUGCCAUGUUUAAGAUCGGUAACUGUAACAAAGGUGCCAGAUGUAAAUUUUCGCAUGAUCUAAGCAUGGGUAGAAAAGUGGAAAAGAAGGAUUUGUACAGUGAUGUUAGAAAGGAGAAAGAACAAGAUACAAUGGAUAAUUGGGAUGAGGAUAAAUUGAGGGAUGUGAUCUUGUCCAAGCACGGCAAUCCAAAGACAACCACCGAGAAAGUUUGCAAAUUUUUCAUUGAAGCAGUGGAGAACGGUAAAUACGGUUGGUUCUGGACUUGUCCCAAUGGUGGUGAUAAAUGUAUGUACAGACACUCACUUCCUGAGGGUUUCGUGUUGAAGACGAAUGAGCAAAAAAGAAUGGAAAGAGAAGCAUUGGAAAAUCAACCAAAGAUUACUUUGGAAGAGUUUAUUGAGACCGAAAGAGAAAAGCUGGACAAGACUAAGUUGACACCGAUUACAAUGGAAAAUUUUGCCAAAUGGAAGAGAAACCACAUUAUCGAAAAGAAUAAUGCAGAAAGCAAAGAAGCUGAGAAGAAGAAACCUUGUGGGCGUGAAGUCUUGUUGAAACUAUUUGUUGAGAACAAGAAAUUCGAUGAGAACGAUUUGGCCGACGCGACCCAGGGUUCUGAAUGGGAUCUUUCAGAGUUUACCAAGGCUCUCAAUGAAACAGAUGAUAUCAAAGAUUAUGGUGAUGGUAGUAACCCCAAUUUUGAUAUUAUUAAGAAGGAGAACAAUACUGCAUCAGCCUGA